CUCUAACAAGCCCGGUCUCCGGAGAAGCGUUGACAAAGAUAUAGAUUAAGAAGUUGCUAGAACCGCUCUCUAUUCGUAACCAAAUCUUUAAUCACUCUUAAAAUAUCAAAAUGAGGUUUAACGACAUAAUAAUAAGCAUAAUAGCCACGGCAUCGGCAGCCGAUGCCGCCAAAGCACGUCGGGCCAACUGCCCCAACAUCCACAUCAUCGGCGCCCGCGAGACGACCGCGCCUCCGGGCUUCGGAUCCGCCCAAACAGUCGUCGACCUCAUCCAGAAAGCCAACAAUGGCGCCACAUCCGAAUCCAUCGUGUACCCCGCGGCCGGCGGAAACUCGUACGCCUCCAGCGUCUCAGCCGGCGUACUCGCGGUAGCGAACCAGACGAACACGUUUAACCAGAAGUGUCCUGAUUCGAAAAUCGUCGUGGUGGGGUACUCGCAGGGCGCACAAAUCGUAGACGACGCCUUCUGCGGGGGCCCCGACGGGACCAGUCUAAACACGAGCAUGGCCCUCGUCUCCACGGGCGUCAGCAAGAUGACCGCCGCGAUCAUCCUGAUGGGCGACCCGCGCCACGUCAACGGGCUGCCGUAUAACGUCGGGAACGCGACGGCAGGAGGGUUCGCAGCCCGUCCGGUCGGGUAUAAAUGCCCCGCUUUCGAAAACAUCAUCCAGGCGUACUGCGAUGCCGCGGACCCGUUUUGCGCGAAGGGGGAUAGUCAGGCUACUCAUCAGGGGUAUGGGAGGGAGUAUGGACAGGCUGCGCUGAGGUUUGUGCAGGGGAAGUUGGGGGCGACUAAUACGACGUCUGCAUCGGCAUCUUCGUCGUCGUCGUCGGCGGCGGCGGCGUCUAGUGGAAGUAAUAGUGUUACUGCGAGCGCGGCGGAGAGGAUACGGGUGGGUGAGGGGUACGUCUUGAUGUUGUUGGCGCUUGGUGGACUGGCUCUUCUGUGUUAGGCGCGUUUAAUAGGUACGUAAUUGAUAGUUUUAUCACCGGGAUUGGAGAAAGGAGUUUAUGUGCCUCUUAUAUGAAAAGGGGGCACUUAGGUAAUGAGGUAGAGAAUGAAGGAAAAGGGGGGGUCUCUCAAAGGCAUACCCUGGUUUCCACCACCGAC